AUGAGGAAGUACGAAUUGGCGAAAAUUCUAGGGACCAUAGCAAGUGUAGGAGGUGCUACUAUUAUAAUUUUCUAUAAAAGCACUCUGAUUCUGCACCAGGCAUCACAACCAGUGGGAAGUAACUUAGAAGAAGGCAGUUUCUUUAAUACAACUAAAAUACAAAACUGGACAUGGGGCUGUAUAUUUUUACUUGGUCACUACUUAUCAUGGGCUGGUUGGAUGGUCCUUCAGGCUCUUAUUCUGAAGAAAUACCCUGCCAAACUCUCACUCACCUCGUUUACGUGCUUCUUUGGAUUGACCCAGUUCUUAUUCAUAGCAGCUUUUGUUGAAAGGGAUCCUAAAUAUUGGAAAAUUUAUUCCGCGGAGGAGAUAUGCACAAUCUUAGAUGCUACCUGGUGUAUUCAGAAAGGAGGACCGAUUUUUAUUGCUUGCUUCCAGCCAGUUCAAACAGUUUUAGUCGCUGGCAUGGCAUUUGCAAUCCUUGGCGAUCAAUUAUACUCUCGCAGACAUUAUAAGCCAACUGAUAAUAGACUUCACAGCUUCUUAUCAUUUUUGAAGAAAAAUGGAGUCAACCUGGAUGAAGUUGAGAUACAAAAGGCAAAUGACGAUUACAAGAGUUAUGAAAGCAGAAAACCUGCUAAAGAUCAGUUUGCAACUGACGUUUCAUCAAUCUUAGUUUCCAUUCAACCUGAUAUUCCCAACAAAUAG